AAUCUAUAAAAAGAAGUUGCUAAUAAUCUAAAUGGUAUUAAAACUCAACGGUUAAUUAGUUAUAGGUAGCACACACUGGAUUUCGUCAUAGCGUUAUGAAAAAGGUUAUUAUCUAUAUAGGUUACUUAGUCUGAUCAAAUUGUUAUAGAUGUGAAUAUAUACACUAGCGCUGAAAACUAGAAAUGAAACGUGAUCUAGAUGGUCCAUACGCCACUUUGACUGUUAGAGAUAUACAUUCAUUAACCUUUCCUAUAUUUUAAUCCACAGGUUUUACAAUCACCAGCCAAUGCUUUGAUUAAUUGAUACUAUAGAUGGAGGUGUAGGAUCAACUCCAAAUUUCCUGCAUAUCCCGCAUAACAAGAGCGUUUUAACUGGCAAUGAUAUGCGUUGAACUAUUGAAAUCAUCGGUAAUUGCACUCAUCUUGUGAUUGUAUUCAACAUCAUUUUGGUAGGUAAUGUCUUUACAUUGUGGGAUAGUGAAUUCACACUGUUACGCAUAUUUUUGCCCCUGGACCAAUGUUCCUCGUUGUUCUAAAUAAAGAAAUAUACCGUAUCCAAAAAUGUUAUUCUACAACAGCCAAUAUAACAAGUUUGAUUUCAAAAAAAACAGAUUAUAGUGAAAUGACAUGUAUUUCCCAGCACGUUUGUUGCCGAAGACUAUUCAAUAACCAACAACCUAAAAUGGCAAAUAGAGUGAUCUCAAAGAUUCUAAGUGAUUAGGAUACAUAAGAUCUAUGGAUGAUUUCAAUGAUAUCAAAAACCAACAAAAUAAUAAUAAACUAUGACGA